AGAAAAAGAGAAAAGCAAUUACUUUGGAGUUGAAAUUAAGAUAAUUGCCCAGCAUGAAGGUGGCAAGUCCAUAAUGGCCUUAGUGCAUUAUUUAUUUACUAAUUUAUCAUAUCAUAUUCAUGUUUGGCUUGUGGUAUUUUCAACUUAUUACGGGUUAUACGGAAAGUAACCCCCCAACAUCUGUCAAGGAGCAUCUGUAUAUUGUUCUUGACGAUCAUGCAUAAUAUUGUAAUGGUGGUAUACGCAGAGCAUAAUUCUUCCUGCGGUGGUGUAAAGAGUUUGAACUACUGCUUUAGAUUGUUUUAGGGGGUAGCGUGUGGUUCAGUGAGCUAAGCCUCUGUGUGUGUGAUUGGAUGGCGGUCAGGUUAAACCCAGCUUCGGCCCUUGAGCAAGGUCCUUAACCCCCAGCUUAACCCCGGUGCCCCGGCUGGAGGCUGUCCUUCGCUACCAAUAUUGCUCUUGCCUAAAUAAGUGUCUGUGUGUCAUGGAGUGCAACAUGGGGUAAGCGAAAAGCAAAUUUCCCCCCAUGGAUCAAUAAAGUGUCAUUAUUAUUAUUACUGUUAUUUCAGACUGCCCACAUCAUGUUUUAACAUCAUCAAAUAACUGAGUUAAAUCUGCUGAUCCAUAGAUUUCCACAGGUCAAAAAAAAUAAAAAAUGACAGUGGGGGAGAAUCUUGAUACUGUUGUUUAUUCCGAUUCCUGAUAUUUUAAAUGUUAAAAUUAAAAUAUUGCGUAUUACUUUUUUAGACAUGGCUCAUUACUAAUUGACAUUGAUAUCACUGAAUAAGCAAGCAUGGGAACUCAUACUUGGCCUGAAAAAAAAUAGUAUUGUUAUAUCCCUAAACAUAAUAUAUAAUUUAGAAACGAUAAACCAAUUUAACAACCAAAUUAAUUAAUGAAUGUUAUUUUGGGUGGGGGCAGAGGGUUAACAUUAAUUUCGUCAAAAUUACUUAAAUGAAAACAUGCCACCUGACGACUGUGAGAUGACUUGGGCUAAAAUCAUAUGCAAAAGCAAGCUGUUGAAACGUGCAUAUCGAUCACGUACUCUGGACUAAACCUUAAUCAGAAGAAGAUCCUUUUUCAGAAAUAAGCACUUAACACUGCACAAAAGCACAAAAAGCUGUUUUGUCUGCCUUUUUGCAUGUGGGGAUUGGUUUAAAUGUGAGGCAACAGAUUAUUAAGCAGAUGUUGUGAUGAACAUGUGCUGUGAUAAGGAUCGGACAGAAAUCUUUGCACGACCUCUGUGAAUACGAUGCUCUUUCAUAGUCUAGCACCGCAGUGCCUCUUUUAAAUGAAGGAAUUCAAAAUUUGUGAUCUCAUUAUCAUCAGAAAAGCUUAAGAUCCUUUAGUAUUUAAUAAAUUAUGCGGACUUUAUUGAAAGAAGUGUUCUGGGGUCAGGUGUGUGGCACAGCUGCCAUUAGGGCUGCACGAUGUCGCAUCAUGUUGUAAUCGCAAUAUGCAUGCAUGUGCAGUAGUCACCAAGGCUUUAGAUGACGGACAGAAAAAUUUGUCCAGAUACCGGCUUUUCUGUACUAUACAGAUGUUUACUUGUACCCACAAUUUAAUAAGCAGAUUAGUAAUAUAAAUUCUGUGAAUUCUUAUGGUUAUUAAAUUCGGUUAGCGGAGGAAGAUGGGCUGAUCCAGAAUUUUUUGGUUCCGAUUCUGAUACACAUCCGCCAAUACGAUACAGAUUCCAAUUUUUACUUUAAUGUUUUAAUAUGAUAAAUAAGUGUACAUAUUAUAUAAAUAUUAAUACUUUAUAUUAAUAUUUCUUUAAAAUAGUAAAUACAAAUAAAAAAAGUAUGAUAAAUAAGUUUUAAUUAUGCUGGUAUGUGCAUAACGCACUGUUUCUCCUUGUUGGUACAUCUUGUUUUAAACGUUUAUGAGGAAUUUGCGGUUCAAUGCUUAAAAUGCUUCACAAUUUUUCUCCCACUGGCAGUAUGGUCACUUGCUCUUCAUUGCAAUAGCAGCCUCUUGUCUGUCACAGCAGCCGAAGUUAGUGUCUCCCAAAUCAUCCAUUACUUUUUUCAUAUUACUUGCAUUGUCUUGCAAUUGCGUGCACUUUGUAUAGUGAGAUUUUCUACUAAACGCUGCUUCCACUUCUCAUAACUUGGUUUUUACAAAGAUUGCAAUUUGCUGUACUCAUAGUUGUUAAAAAUGUAAAAAACUUCACGAUCGUCACCCUGUAAUGUUCUUGUGCUCCUUGUACUACAAAGGGUAUGCACAUGACAUCACAGCAGGCGGAAGUCACUGCUCACACCCACCAAGUGCCAAAAAACUGAGUGGCAGCAUUGGCGUUCAGCUUGAAUGCCACAAAAAAACAUAUAUAAAAUGGGAAAGAGCUGUCGUGAUUGUUUACAAAUCGAUUUAACAAGAAAAAGGAACCAUGACAUGAUGUUGCUGGAAUGAUAUGCCGCGCAACCCUAGUCAUAAGUUCCAAAUCUUUGAAGAAAAUACUUGCCUAACUGAUGAAUUUGUACCAUUUUGUUAGGCAGUGCUAGUUUUUUCCACCACUUAGUGGACCUCUCGAGUAAGACAUUGGUUUAACUUCACAGUUGUCAUAAACUAUUCUUAUUGUAAUCCACUUUCACUGUUGCUUAUUUUCUUGUUUGAGGUCAGUGUGUAGCUCACCAGGUUAUUGAUCUGUGUCUGUGUCCAUAAGGUGAGUUUGAAUCUUGUGGCCAGCAGGGUAAUCAUUUCUCCAUUCCUUGUGCAAUGCCCUUAACUCCAGCUGCUCCAGGGGUGCUGGAUGCUGACUAACCCUGUACUAUGACCCGUAAACCUGUUCUGACAUUCAUAUCCAUGUGUAUCCUUAUCUUUAUUGGGUAGUAAGAUGAUUUUGGGUGAGAAUUACCCAAUGAAUGACGUUCCCUUUUCUGUUUAUAAGAAUGACUACUUUAGCAGCUGGUCAUAUAUGAAAUGUACAGUUUUUGUGUUUAUAUACAAAAUAUUUAAGCUUAUCUUAAAAAUUGAAACGCACUGAAAUCAAUCACCUUCAAAUAACAUUUUUAUCUUCUGUCGUAGAAGCAAGUUGAGGGUGAAUGCUGGGUGAUCGACAGUUGGAAGAAGGUGGAUGAAGUGACCUGAGGGUCAGUCCCAGGUGUUUGAUUGUGGCUGCUGCAUCCCCUUUGUGCUCACUGAUCCUCUACACACUCCAUCCCAGUACAGAGUGAUGACUUCACAGCAGCACCCACUACCCCACGCAAGCACUAAUCCUUCAUUGCUCCUCCCUCGAGAUCCUUCUGCCAGCCAGGGCAGGUCGUCCCUACAGCCUGGCCAGCUAGAAUCCACCCAUAGCGGUUCCAGCUCAAGUAGGGAUAUUCGCAUGGGCAGUGUUGGCUCUUCCUUGUCUCUCGGGAGUUCCACUGGGGGAGGCCCUGCCUGGGCUGCCCCCACUACUUCUUCUGUCACUACACCCUCACGAAGACAGACAAGUGGACGUUUUGAACCUUGGCCAGAGGAGGCGGUGGACAGUGCAUAUGGACUGUAUUCCCUGCAUCGCAUGUUUGAGAUUGUGGGGGCACAGCUCACCCAUCGUGAUGUGCGGGUGCUCUCCUUUCUGUUUGUUGAUGUCAUUGAUGAGUAUGAGCGAGGUGGCAUCCGGAGUGGGCGGGACUUCCUGUUGGCUUUGGAGCGGCAAGGGCGGUGUGACGAGACCAACUUUAGGCAUGUACUGCAGCUGCUACGCAUCAUAACCAGACAUGACUUGCUGCCCUAUGUCACACUCAGAAAGAGACAGACUGUUUGUCCAGACCCAGUGGAUAAGUACUUGGAAGAGACAUCAGUGCGCUAUGUUUCUCCCAGAGGAGGGGGAGAAAGCAAUAAAAUCACAAACCACAGGAGAACAGGCCCCCAGCCAGUAAUUUGCUGCUCCCCAUCCGGACCGCAGGUGUGCUCUCCACGUGCCAAGCCAGGUCCCCCUCUACCCAGUCGCAAAAGGAAGAGGGCGCAUGCCACAGCAGACUGCAGGGAGAAGCAGACCUGCGAUAUUCGCCUGCGAGUCCGUGCGGAGUACUGCCAGCAUGAGUCUGCCUUGCAGGGCAAUGUCUUCUCCAAUAAGCAAGAGGUCCUUGAGAGACAGUUCGAAAGGUUUAACCAGGCAAACACUAUCUUGAAGUCCAGAGACCUUGGCUCUAUCAUCUGUGACAUCAAAUUCUCAGAGCUUACCUACCUGGAUGCAUUUUGGCGGGACUACAUCAAUGGCUCAUUGCUAGAAGCCCUAAAAGGCGUCUUCAUCACAGACUCGCUCAAGCAAGCAGUGGGGCAUGAGGCCAUUAAGCUUCUUGUCAAUGUGGAUGAGGAGGACUACCAGGCAGGCCGACGGAAGCUUUUGCGCAAUCUUGUCGCAGCUGGGGGUGCCGGAGGCAGCCGAGAGACUGUGCCGAUCCAAAGCAAGCAGGAGUAAACUGAAAGGUGAACUUCCACCCGAGGCCACACUAGUACAUGGAAUAGAGCACUUUAUUUUUGGUGUCCAAACGUUAACAUAUAUUAUUCUCUAUUGCUCAUGCAGUGAACAUGUAACAAAAUACCACCCUUAAAUAUUUGCCUUACCACUUUGCAUUUAGUUUUUUUUUUCCAUUUCCCAUUUAAAAUGGUUUUGAUUUUGAUGACAGAUUGAUAUUCCGUGUGUUCCGGGUGUUUCUACAUAUUUGAUCGGUACAAUUAAUGUCUGUACGAUAAAAUGUAUUGUCUACAAAAAAAUGAAUAAAGAUGUUGCAUAAUCAGUUUCACUAAA